CUUUGUCUGUGUCAUUUUGUCUCGUGAUUUAAUUUGUAUAUUUCUGACUGAAAUCUUUUUGAAACAUAUUCAAUUAUUUUUCUAAUUAUAUGUAUGUAAAAGAGAAAUGAAAUAUUAUAUAUAUAAUGUUUGAACACUCAGUAAAAGUACCCAGACAUUACAAAGUUGCAGCUAAUAUUUUUAAAAAGGUAUCUACUGAAGGCGGCAGCGUGAAAACCUUAUUGUACGACGAUAAACUCCGUCAUUUUAGGACCAACGUGCUCUAUGCUCUAAUAACAGAAAGUAUAAAACAUGCAGCCGACAUAGAUAAAAUAUUUAAUAGCUGUAGCAUACUAGAAAAAGAAUCUCGUUUAGAUCCGUGGUUGGCGAAAGUUCUCACUGCAGAAUUAUUAUUCGGCAAAAAGGCACUCCCAGGAAAAAGCAAACCUGAGCAAACAAUAUUAUCUUACAAAGAUCAAUUUGAAAAAUAUGCUACUGAUCACCAAGAUGACUUGAAGACUGAAGUUGUCCGCAGGCCAAGAUAUGUACGUAUCAAUACAAACUUAUUAACAACCUCGGAUGCAAUCCGAGCGUUUCAAGACGAUGGUUACCGAUACAUCAGAUGCACAUCCGGUUCCUAUGAUGAUUACCUCAAGCAGAUACAGAGCCUGACCGAAUACAACUUCACUCAAGACUACCAUGUGAAGACAGUAUUUGUAUUUUCAUCAGGCACCAAGUUGCAUGAGCAUGAUCUAUAUUUGGAAAAUAAAAUUAUUCUUCAAGAUAAGGCUACAACGCUCGCGGUCCAUUUGUUGGCACCGCCAAAUGGGAGCGUGGUACUGGACAUGUGUGCCGCACCCGGCAUGAAGACCACGCAGCUUGCCGCUUAUAUGAGGAAUGAGGGUAAAAUUUAUGCAGUCGAAAGAAAUGAGAAAAGAUAUAAGACGUUAUGUGACUUUGUUGAGAAAACCGCCUCGACAUGUGUCGAAACAUUGCACAAAGAUUCGUUGGAAAUAAAACGAGGGGAUCUAGAUGAUGUAGAAUAUAUCCUGCUGGAUCCAAGCUGUUCUGGCUCUGGCAUGGAACUUUGCGUUCACAGUUAUAUCGAUGCCACCAGAUUGUCUAAAUUGACGUCAUUACAAGAAAAGUUUCUAAAGCAUGCUAUGAAUGCGUUCCCAAAAGCUAAAAGAAUAGUUUACAGCACUUGUUCAUUGUUUCCUGAAGAGAACGAGAGAGUUAUCACCAAUGUGGUUAAAACUUCACGAGCCAAGUGGCGGGUUCAGGAUGUUAAAGAACUCCUAAAAGGCAAUUGGAACAAUAUUGGAUCUGGAAUGUAUGGUAGCAUGGGAAAUAGAUGUUUAUAUGCUAGACCUGAUUCGGAUUUGACCAUUGGUUUCUUUUUAGCUGUAUUAGAUAGGGACGAAAAAGAUUUGGAAAAAGGGCAGAAAUCUGAAUCCACGGAUAGUGGUCAAAAUAACGCGACAUUUGGAGACGAUGAUCUGUUAAAUAAAAUAGGGAAAAAGAAGAAAAAGAAUAGUCAAGAGAAUGAACUUCAAGAAAUAGCAGGAGACACAACGACACAAGACAUUGUGACUAAAAAGAAAAAGAAGAAAAAGAAUAAUGAAAAUCUAGAACAACAAUUUAGUUAUGAAGAGACAUCUUUAAAUGAAAAUAAUGAUUUUAGUGAAAAUAAACUUUUGUCAGAUGAUGCUGAAAACACGCUGGAAAAUUGGAAUGAAAGUCGAUUGAAAAAGAAGAAAAAACGUAAAUUAAAUGACGAUAAUGCAGUAAAACCAGAAGAGCAAUCUGUAUCAGAUGGUCAACCACUUCUUAAAAUGAAGAAAAAGAAAUCGAAAGAUCGAGAACAUCAACUUAGUGAAACUAAUAAUGUUCAAGUCGAAGGAGAUGAUUUAUUUCGAAAGAAAAAGAAGAAAAAACGCGUUGAUCAUGAUGAAUAAAGUUAAUUAUUUUUUUACUACUUUAACUACUUGAUAUGCGUUAAUAAAUUCAU